AUGGUUCGUUACGCUGCUACCCCAGUCAACCCUGCCAAGAGUGCCUCCGCUCGCGGUGCCUACUUGAGAGUCUCGUUCAAGAACACCAGAGAGACUGCCCAAGCCAUCAACGGUUGGAACUUGGAGAGAGCUCAAAAGUACUUGGAGGAUGUUUUGGACCACAAGAGAGCCAUUCCUUUCAGAAGAUUCGCUCACUCCAUCGGUAGAACUGCUCAAGGUAAGGAGUGGGGUGUUCAAAAGGCUAGAUGGCCUGCCAAGUCUGUCAACUACGUCCAAGACUUGUUGAAGAACGCUCAAUCCAACGCUGAGGCUAAGGGUUUGGAUGUUGCUAAGUUGAAGAUUACCCACAUCCAGGUCAACCAGGCCCCAAAGCAAAGAAGAAGAACUUACAGAGCCCACGGUAGAGUUAACGCUUACCAAUCCUCUCCAUCCCACAUUGAGCUCAUUGUCUCUGAGGAGGAGGAGCAAGUCCAGAAGGCUGAUGAGUCCAAGAAGGUUAGAUUGAACACCAGACAAAUCGGUAGAUUGGCUCAACAGCAACGUAUCGCCGCUGCUCGCAAGUAA